AUGCAAUCACAAGCCAAAGGCAAAAGACAAUUAGAGCUUGGAGUUUUUGGACAUCAUGAACUGGAAUGCCAGCAACCGAAUGGUUGUCUAUACGAUCCUGGGCACAAUAACCAAAAUAAUGAUAAUGAGCCCGAUUAUAAUAUCAACGGUGGUCAAGUGGCACAAUUACAAGAUAUAAACACGCAUACUCCAACAGCUGGCGUUUAUGGACAACACCUCCAGUUGUUUUAUCCUAACAGCGACAGUGCACAUCAGCCAAGAGUACAAUUAGUGUAUUAUAAUCAUCCAACAGCUAUUGAAUCCACACAUGCUCAACAAAAUUACGGACAUGCAUUACAACUUCAACCAGUUCAAUUUAUACAACCAAAUCAUCAACAAAAUCACCAUCACCAUCAAGAGCACCCACAGCCACAGCCAUUGACACACAGCCAACAUGGUUUACAAUAUUACCAACAAUCCCAUGAAGAACCACAACAUUAUCCACCUUAUCAUCACGCACAACAUCAGCAUCCGCAACCACACCCACAACAUCAUCAGUAUAUAGCCCAUCAACAGCAAAAUCUAGCUAAUACUGCUCCACAUCGUUUUCCAGAAACUGAACAGUUGAACACGGAAGAUGUUAAUCCAAAUCAUUAUGCCCAACAACACACUUCUACACAACAUUAUGCUCCAAUCUAUAAUUCACCACAAUUUGAUAUAGGUCACCAAUACUCACACUAUCCACAAUCUUACUUACCACAGAAUAGUCACUUUCAACCAGUUAUACCACAAGGUCGAUAUGCUCAACAUUUUCAGGCACCAUUCAAACCUUCACUAUUUGUGGGAUAUACCGAUGAUGAGAAUUAUAGCCAAACAUCGAAACGUGCUGCAUCUCCAAAGAAUUUCAAGCAUAAGCAAGAGCCCAAUAUUUCUAAAAACUAUCAAGGAUAUCUUAAACCCGUUCAUGAAGUACGUAGGGAGCACGCGUCUCAACAGAAUGAUCAGGCUAAGCGCCAACAUGGAAAGGAUCGUGUCGUUUAUAUGUCACCAGUCAAUAAUUAUGCUUUGUAUAAAAAUUAA